GCCAAAAGCGGCAGUCGCGCGCCGCACCAUGGAGCCGCAGCUAGGUGAAGUGGCCGGGCCGGCGCCCGCCGUGAGGCCCCUCGUCAACCCCGAAGAGUUUGGGGAAGUCGAUACCACCAGGUACCCGGCGCCAAAAGACGCCACGCACAAAGUGCGCGGCCGUAACGACCUACUAGAGCUGAUGUGUGGCGCCGGCACUGUUGACCCCGAACUGCUCACUGUCAAGACUUUUUACUUCUUCUUCUACUCUGCCUUCGGCUCCCUUUUUCCUUUGAUGGGUGUUUACUUCAAGCAGAUGGGUAUGAAUGCCGGGCAAUGCGGGCUGCUGAUCGGCACGAGGCCAUUUGUUGAAUUUCUCUCAGCACCGUUCUGGGGGGGACUCGCAGACCGUUGGCAGAAGGGACGCACACUUCUAUUAGCCUCGCUUGGCGCGUGGAUUAUAUUCACAUUGCCACUGAGUUGGGUACAGCCAGGCGCAGUGGCAUGCGUUCAACCGGUCAACAGCUCGGCUUACGUACUGGCACCCCCACGGUACGACGCGGACGCUCCGCCGGUUCCUCAAUCUUUCCGUACACCUGUUGGGUCGAGCUCAGGCUCACCGUUGCCCGUCUCCGACGCAGAAAACUAUGACCCCUCCGCCAAUUCAGACUGGGUGACACCACUGCACUCCUUUAUCGUUUAUACUACGCCUAAUAUUCAGAAGACCUUCUUCCUGCUCCUGCUUCUCGUGGUCAUCGGAGAGUUCUUUAGUGCUCCAGCCAUCACACUCGCCGACUCAGCGGUUAUUACCUUGCUGGGCGAAGACGCCGACAGGUAUGGGCACCAGCGCAUGUUCGGGUCAUUGGGUUGGGGUCUCGCUAUGUUCUUCGUCGGCAUCGCGCUGGACCACAGCACCGCCUUCAGCACACACCCGUGCGGUGGCCCGCAGCGUUACGAGAAGAAUUAUACCAUCUGCUUUGCAACCUUCUCUGUACUUAUGGGUGCCGCACUCGUAACCGCCACCCAGAUCCGAUUCAAAUAUGAACCAUCGAGCUUCGAAAACGAAGUUGAACCGCCGGUAAUAGUAACUAGCGAGCUAACUCGAGAGGCACAAAUGCAAGCGCAACUCGCGGCGCAGCUGCAACUACCGGGUCUGGAUACGAGUGCACCUGACCCACAGCCCCCGCCACAACCACUACACCACGCCAAAGUAUUUGCGCAGACCACCCGCGAGAUGCCAGAGUGGGUCACCGUGCUGCGCCAAUUCCAAAACGUCAAGGCUGCCUCCUUUUUACUCGUUGCCUGGUUUAUGGGCUUCGGCAUUGGCCUAAUAUUUACGUUCCUCUUUUGGCAUCUUCAGGAUAUCGGAGGCUCACCUACUCUGUUCGGGGUGGCGUCAGUCAUCAAUCACAUUUCGGAAAUAUUUGCCUAUUUCUUCAGCUUUAAGCUCAUCACACAAAUGGGCCACGUAAAGGUGCUGUGUCUGGGGCUAGCCGGCAAUGUUGUGCGGUUCUUGUACAUUUCCUGGCUGUCAGACCCCUGGUGGGUGCUACCGUUUGAGUUUGUACAGGGGGUCACGCAUGCGGCAGUGUGGGCAGCGUGUUGUUCGUACAUUGCACACGGCUCUCCUCCGGGUCUUCGCUCGUCCGCGCAGGGUGUACUUCAAGGGCUGCACCACGGGCUGGGACGGGGUUGUGGCGCUGUAAUCGGCGGCAUCGCCGUCGCUAAGUGGGGCACUACGCGUACCUUUGCCGGCUACGGAUUGCUGUGUGCAGUAGCACUGGCGGCGUUUGCUUUCGUUAACUUCCGUGAUGCGGGUGACGUUGCGACUGGAGCCGGUGGUGCCGGCGUCGACAGCGAGGAAGAGGCGCGCGCUUUUGCGGAAGCAGGCGUGUUAGCACCACACGGGGUGCCCUCAGCUCCACUGCCACGUGCACUGUCGUCCACGCGCCUCUCUGAUCUCGCACACCAUGACAACUAUGGUGCCACGCAGAACUACAGUGGCGGGGAGAGCUUAAGCGUGCCGGGAGGUGGUCCUCCUGCACCGUCGCCCGCCAACCCCUUCCUCAGUGAACAGCCUGGCUCUUACCGAUAAACGACACUGCCGGACACGAGAGUUCUGAAACGUACAUGUUUUGUAGCAACUUGUUAAAAAUUAUAUUUAUAGUUAUUUUAUUAUUGUGCUCUAUUCCAAAUGUUGGCAAUGUUUACUAUAGCUAGUGUAUGCAAACUCGAUCCCGCGAGAUCAAUCUCGACACUUUUGACAAGAUCGCGUAGGAUUAACGAGAUUAAGUGGCUGUAGUAUCAGAAAAGUUAAUUUCUUUAUAUGAGUAUGAGUAGGUAUAUUUUUACACUUCGGUUACAGACACCAGUAUCGAUACUCGCUAGCUUCUUAAGAAGUUAUUUCCAAAAUCACUCCUAAAUAUCUAGGGUUCAGAGAUCUAGAAAAUACCACGCGAGAUUGUAAUUCUUUAUCCCACGAGAUCUCAAAUUAACGAUCUCGACUCGAGAUUGCAUACCCGGCUACAGCACAUCCCAUUUUAUUUAUUGUUUAAAAUUCAGAUAUAAUAAUGUAAUCAUAUUUUUUAUAUUAAAUCAGAUUUGGUUAGUAUUUUAAUAUAUUUCAAUAUUUAAUAUUACCUCAAUAGCGAUUUACUAUAAAAAGUAAAAAGGAAAUACCUACUUUACUUUGUAGUUAAAUAAACAUUAGAUAGUAAUGUAACCUCAAACUAAUUAAUUGAAGAUGUUUAAAAAUUAUUUAAAAAAAUGUUAUAAUUAUGAACGUAGAAAAAAUGUAACUAAAUGUAUAAUAUUAUUAAGAUAGAAUUCUAUACCUAUUAUCUGAUAGGAUACUUAAGUGUUGCUUUACAUAUGUAUAGAUUUUAAUGUUACCAUUAAAUGUGCUAUUUUAAAAUACUUAUAUAA